GGCACUAGAACAGGUGAUGCCACCGGCUGGGUCGAACAUUUUUUACCCGCUGGUCUCUGCUCCCUCUUGCUCGAGUUCCUUCCCUGAGUUGGAUUGGAGCAGAAAUUGUGUUAAUGGCAGAGAAGCUAGCACUUCCUCUCCUACUUCCAAAUCCGCCACCCCCAAAGCCUUUCUUUCAAGAACCCCAGCCUCAGUCCACCCCUCUUCCCCACCCCAAUACUAGCUCCUUGAACCCUCUCCUCCAAAACCUCCUCGUUUCAGAAACCCACCGAAACCCCACCACUUCUUCCAAUCCCAGCCAAACUCAUGAAAACCACCCCCAGUCCCCAUCCUCCUCCUCCUUUAUCCCCCGAACCCGACGGCGUCUUGGCAAGCACCGUGACCUUAAUAGAGGGAAGCCCUGGUCUCACCACCGCCUCUCCUGUCAAGGUGAGCGGACUCUCCAGACCCUUCUUGAUCCAGAAUUCCAUGUCGAAAAUAUUAGCCAAGUGUUGCUUAACUUAUUUAAUUCUCACGAUUUUGGUAAGAACCAACAAGGUCCGGAAUUCUGCACUGAAACUUUGAGCUUAGACAUCUUGGGUUUAGUCAAGGGCUUAGGGUAUUAUAAGAAAUGUGACUUGGCAAUGCAUGUCUUUGAGUGGGUUGUGAAUCGUAGCGAUUCACAUCUUCUGUUGAGUAAUUCUGUUGUAGCUGUGAUUAUCAGUAUGCUUGGGAAAGAGGGCAGGGUUUCGGCUGCAGCUUCUUUGCUUCAUAAUUUGCAUAGAGAUGGUUUCCUCAUUGAUGUCUAUGCAUAUACUUCUUUGAUUUCGGCAUUUGCUAAUAGUGGGAGGUAUAGGGAGGCUGUGAUGGUGUUCAAGAAAAUGGAGGAUGAGGGUUGCAGGCCUACUUUGAUCACUUACAACGUGAUCUUGAAAGUUUAUGGAAAAAUGGGCAUGCCUUGGCAUAAGAUCAUGGAGGUGUUUGAUGGUAUGAAGGUUUCAGGGGUUGCCCCAGAUUCUUAUACGUAUAAUACCCUUAUAGCUUGUUGUAGAAGGGGGUCUUUGUAUGAGGAGGCUAAAGAGAUUUUUGAGGAGAUGAAAUUGGUUGGCUGUGUGCCGGAUAAAGUCACCUAUAAUGCAUUACUGGACGUCUAUGGCAAGUCGAGGAGGCCUCAUGAAGCUUUGGAGGUUUUGGCAGAGAUGGAGGUCAAUGGCUUCUCUCCCUGUACUGUGACAUAUAACUCUUUAAUAUCUGCUUAUUCUAGGGAUGGAUUGUUGGAAGAAGCAAUGGAGCUAAAAUCGCAAAUGAUGGAAAAAGGGAUCAAGCCUGAUGUGUUUACUUAUACCACUCUAUUGUCAGGAUUUGAGAAGGCUGGUAAGGAUGAGUCUGCCAUGAAGGUCUUUGAUGAGAUGAGAGCUGCAGGUUGUAAUCCAAAUAUCUGUACGUUUAAUGCCCUUAUUAAAAUGUAUGGCAACCGUGGAAAAUUUACAGAAAUGAUGAAGAUUUUUGAUGAUAUCAAGACGUGCAAAUUUAGUCCUGAUAUCGUUACAUGGAAUACACUUCUUGCAGUGUUUGGACAGAACGGCAUGGACUCUGAGGUAUCCGGGGUUUUCAAGGAAAUGAAAAGAGCAGGCUUUUUAGCUGAGAGAGAUACUUUUAACACUCUAAUCAGUGCUUACAGCCGCUGUGGGUCUUUUGACCAGGCCAUGACUGUCUACAAGAGAAUGCUGACAGCAGGGGUGACCCCUGACCUCUCUACCUACAAUGCUGUUUUAGCAGCUCUGGCUCGGGGAGGGCUCUGGGAGCAGUCUAACAAAGUGUUUGAUGAAAUGAAGGAUUGUCGAUGUAAGCCCAAUGAACAGACCUAUAGUUCCUUGCUUCAUGCCUAUGCUAAUGGCAAGGAGAUUGACAAGAUGCAUGCUCUUGCAGAGGACAUCUACUCUGGUGUUAUUGAACCUCAUGCUGUGCUUUACAAGACGCUCGUUCUGGUUUAUAGCAAAAGUGACCUACUUGCAGAAACAGAACGGGCCUUCCAGGAGUUGAGAAGAAAAGGUUGCUCUGUCGACAUAACGACUCUGAAUGCCAUGGUUUCCAUAUAUGGGCGGCGUCAAAUGAUCAGAGAGGCAAAAGAAAUUAUUAAUUUCAUGAGGGAAAGUGGUUUUACACCUACCUUGACAACUUAUAAUAGUUUGAUGAAUAUGUAUAGCCGGUCAGCAGAUUAUGAGAAAUCUGAAGAAAUGGUGAGGGAGCUUUUAGCUAAAGGAGUUAAGCCUGAUUUGAUCUCGUACAACACGGUGAUAAAUGCAUAUUGCAGAAAUGGUCGAAUGAGGGAUGCAUCUCGGGUCUUCACAGAAAUGAGGGAAUCUGGGCUUGUUCCGGAUGUUGUCACAUAUAAUACAUUCAUAGCUAAUUAUGUAGCUGUCUCGAUGUUUGUUGAGGCAAUUGAUGUGGUUCACUACAUGAUCAAGCACGGUUGCAAACCAAAUGAGAGCACUUAUAAUUCAAUUGUAGAUUCGUACUGUAAGCUUGGUCGGAGGGAUGAGGCAGUGGUGUUUAUUGGUAACCUUCGCGAGCUUAAUCCCCAUAUUUCUAGGGAGGAAGAAUGUAGAUUGCUGGAAAGAUUGAAGAGGUGAUUAUGGAGCAUCUCCUGCUGCUUGUGGAAUCGCCUUGCACACGUUCCUUCUGGUCUUGUUGUUUGCCUGUUUAUAGCCUGCUCCAACGGAAUAAUGAGCGGGAUGGCAUGUUUAUGUAUAGAAUCUUACCCGAUCAAGUCAUGUUGGACUAAUACUUGAGCUUCAGUGCUCAUUAGGAUGUAUAGCUGGCAUUAAUUAAGCCUUUGUAAACCCAUAGGAGAUAGAAAACUCUGAUGCAAGGUAUGUACAAUUUCGUUUCAGUAAUCAAAGAGGAGAUUUGUGAAUCAA